AAAAGGUCCGCCCCUUCAGAAAAAAAAUAAUGGCAGUCUUCGAAAAUAAACUAUCUUCUAAGGUCCUUUUAGACGAUACAGUGGCGCUGACAUGCGUAAUAGAAACAGCACAGAAUGUCAAAGAUCAUACGGAGUAUAUAGUACGAUGUACACGAGGGCCAAACCCAGAAAACAGCUGGACAGUCACAAAACGCUACACAGACUUCGUGAAUCUGGACACUGCUCUGCAAAUAACAAACAUCAAGUUCCCUCUACCCCCCAAAAAAACAUUUGGAAACAUGGACAGAGAGUUCAUAGCGGAGAGACAGCAUGGCUUGCAGGUCUAUCUGAGUACACUCCUUGCCAACCGGAUGAUCAGUUCUAGCUUACUGCUGAAGAAGUUUUUAGAUCCCAAAAAUUACUCAAUGAAUUCUCAAGAGGCGGCACUCCAGCAUGUGUCUAUGUUUUUUCGCUCAGAGCCACGUUGGGAGGUUGUCGAGCCUCUCCCUGAUAUAGGUUGGCGCCUCCGCAAACAGUAUUUUCUUAUAAGGCCAGUCGAUCAACCAAAACAGAGACUCCUCCUUUCAUGGAGUGAUUACGGCCCGGACAAGUUCCUCUCAGAUUCCAACUUACAAGCAAUUAUGAAGCUUUUCUCAUCAUUCCAGCAUCCAUACAUUUACCCAGUGGAGUUUUCAACAAGUAAUGAAGCAGGCGGUCUAGCCAUUAGAACAUUUAAUGAAAAAGGCACAUUAAGGGACUAUAUAUGUAAAGCCAAAGUUAGAUAUCCCUUUCUAAAGAAAUACCCAAACCCAAAACAGCGUCAAGGCCUUCAGUUGCAUGAAAUCAAAGUCAUAGGAAAACAGUUACUGGAAACCAUGAAAUAUUUACAAGAUAAAGGUCUGCCAUUUGGUCAUCUUCACACAGGGAAUAUCAUUCUAGAAGGCAACACAUGUAAAUUAUUAGACAUUGAGAACUGGUUACUAGGGUUACCAUCAUACUACAGACCUUACAUUGUGCAGUAUAAAAAAAUAUUAACAUCUGAAUCUUUAGACUCUUACAGUUUUGGCCAAGUGUUGUUUGAGAUGACAUUUGGCCAACCACUUGGUAGAGCCAAUUGUGAUCAGUUUCCUGCUCAAUGUCCUCCUGAAAUAAGGGGAGUUUUAGAAUCUGUCCUAACCAGUGAAGCUUGCAAAAAUGGCAUCCCAAGUGUAUCUGAUCUUCUCCUACAUCCGCUGUUCAGUGCUACCACAUUAUCUCACACAGAGAAGCCAGUCCUUAAGAUCCCCAGCAAAUUGAAGGAAGCAAUCAGAGCUGCCAAAUUAGAGGUGGACAAACGAAUGAAAGAGGAAAUGAAAUUUUUGAGUUCGUUCCGAAGACUGUCCAAGGCGCAGGCUCACCAUUCGUCAGAUGAAGAAAAGAAAAAGAGAAGGCGAUCAAAAAAGAAGUCAAUGGCAGACAGAGAUAGCACUAUAAGUGAGAACGGUGAUACACCAACAUCACCAACCUCACCAAUGACACCUACAUCACCUAUGACACCUACAUCACCAGGUAAGUGCGAGUGUCUGUAUACUAAUACAUUGUCAUGGUAACCCAAAAAUAAAACAAGUAAUAAUCUGUAAGGCUAGAUUGACAAUUUUUGCUACAGCUUUUUAAUACAAGCCCUAGUAACGUGCGUUUUACUCUUUAUUUAACUUCUAUGUCAUUUCAAUGUCAACA